AUGUUCGGACUCAUUAGGACCAGGACAGCUUCAAAAUCCCUAAAAAAUGUAGCCCAAAGCCACCACAUCGCCUCAACGAGUCUGAAAGACAAACUACGAGCCCUCCUACGCGAAACUGCACAGCCCGUCGCCGUCGUCACGUCCUUCAUGCAACCCGACUCCCCCAGCACCUCGCACACCUUCCAUGGCGCGACCUUGUCGUCAUUCACGUCCAUAGCGAUGGACCCAUACCCCUUCAUUGCAUUUGCCCUGCGCAUGCCUUCUCGAAUGGCAUCUUCGCUUGACGCAGCCCAGCCAGACCAAGCAUCUCACAUGGUUGUGAACCUGCUCUCUGCAGAGCAAGCCUCCAUUUCUGUCAAAUUCUCAAGGCCGGACUUGUACCCAGAACCAUUUUCCUCGAUACCUUAUUCGCUUUCGGAGGAGGGUCUGCCGAUAAUCGAUGAUUCGUUGGGGGCGAUAUCUUGUAAACUGGUUUCAAAGGCCAUACCCCUACACGAUUUAGAAUUGUCGAGGGGAGAGAGCAGUGAGGAAAUGAUGAAGCCCCCGUUGGAAGAUUGUCCGUCUUCAAAGCUCUUCAUUGCACGUGUCACACGUGUCGAGAGUUCUCCGAGCGACCACGAUGACAGUUUACCGUUGCUCUACCAUCGACGACAAUACACGAGUUGUCAAAUACCACCCUUUUCGCCGGCUAUGGACCCAUAG